AUGGCCAAUGUUCAAGAACCCUCACCACCUGUACUCGACGCCUCUGAUCGCAUACCAGAAGCGCCUAUUCUUAGUGUGACUCUAAGUUGUCCGCCCACGCUGGGAUGGAAUCGCACUGAGUUCCGCAUCCAGUUCAAGGUGACAUACCUAGGGGCUUCGGAUAGUAGUACGCACUCAGCUGAGCCGAUCAUCUUCAAUAAAUGGGGAUUCCUCGAAAAUGAGGGACUAUGCCGGGGCACCCAACUCUUCCACUUCCACGAUGACCGCUGGGAGGCGGUUGAGGAGGAUGUGGUUUGCACUGGGGCCGGCUUUGUGGACGAUCCUGAUGUUGCCGUAUGCCCUGCGAAUCAUAAAAACUUCAUUCGCCUGGCGCCUGGGGAAUCAUGGACCUUUAACACUUUGAUCCAGGAAGACACGUGGAACACUCUACCUCAGAAGACUAAGCUGGGCGACAAGUUUCGAUUUAUAUUCAAGGGAGCAGAGGUGGACUGGUGGGUUUGGGGCGGCGCUGAGCAACAUCAGGAUACUACUGUCAUGCUAUCUUGCUACGAAGGAGGGCCCGUUAGAGACCCAGCAGGUAAUGAGGGGCGACCGAAGUUACUGGUCCCAGGGUCUAAUUGGGUUCAGUGGACGGUUGUUGAGUAG